CUGGUUAAUCAUCCAGCAGCGCUCUUAGCACCCGCUAUACCAUGAAAUCUCUUAUUAUUAUCGCUCUGUUCUGCGGUUUGACGAUCGUAGAACCAGGUUAUCUGGCGCCACUGGUGUCCUACAGCUAUUUCGGUAUUCCCCUGGCUUACGAUGGAAGAGUUCUGGACACGCCAGAGGUGGCACAAGCGAAAGCAGCCCACCUAGCCACACAGGCGUACGAAGCAGCGAGGAACACGCUCGGUUAUGGACCUGUGCCUUUCUUGACCCGUGUUUAUACACCUGCAAUUACCCACGGCGCACCCAUAGGCCCGGACGGCCGAGUCGUCGAUACACCUGAGGUCGCGGAAGCGAAGGCUGCUCAUCUUGCUGCUCACGCUCUGGAAGCUGCAAAGAAGCUAGGCAUGUAUCCGUAUGGUGCUCUGGCGUACUCGUCCAUUCCGUACGCCUACAGAUACAGCUAUGCCGCCCCCCUUGGUUCUGAUGGCAGAGUGAUCGACACACCGGAAGUCGCGGAAGCGAAAGCUGCGCAUUUGGCGGCGCAUGCUCAGCUAGCUGCCAAAGUCGCUGGAAAACUCUGAUCAUUUUUCCACUGUAUAUCAUCAAAUUUAUGUUACACAAUGAAAGUCUAAGUAUACGUUCUACUGAUGAA